CUAAGAAAAUCCAGCUCGGUAAACUCUGAAGGAAGAAUGAAAAAAUGUUACGAAUGCUUUUACUAUAUACUUAAAAACCGAAAUUCCACACACCCGGUGAUGAUACAAUUUAUUUUUCUAUAUUUUAUUAUUCAGUUGAGACCUUCGUACAUCGUUGUUUAGAUGAGGUAGUCAUAGAACUGACGUAAACAAGAGUCAGCUGAUCACGAAAUGGACGAAAGAGGCCAGUACAGGAAGUGACGUUGGAUUUAAAUUAAUGCAGUAUGCCUUUCGUAGCUUGGUUGUUUUAGGUUAUGUGUGCUUUGUGCACAUGAAUUUUGCGGCAGUGUGCUUUUAAAAUAUAUAAUUCUAUUUGACGGUGAUUGGACUUAGUGAACAGUCAGAUCACAGAUUUUAGUGACGACUUUGUUUAGAGAUUUUAAAAGAAUUUGAAACUGGUUUCAAAUGUUUUUCUGGUGUGGUUUGCGAUUCAUUCGUUUUCUUCCCAUUAAGGCUAGUGAUAAUAACUGUACUGCUGAAUAAUAUAGAUCAAUCAACAUAUUUUAAAAAUGAAGGGGAGUAAUUUAACCUAGAAUUUACGUGAGGGCUAUUAAUGUAUGCCUACAGUCAGUCUGCUGCCAACAAAAUCUCAAUACAAGGUAAAACAACGAAAAACUGGAUUCUCACCCAUAGAAAACCCUGUUAGCUAUCCAACGAACCAGCUUUUUGUUGACAUUGAUGCUGCUAGCCUGGGUUUCUACUGACUAACAAGUGCAAGAAUUAGCAAUGGAACAAAGGCUGUAUGGGAUAUUGUUAGAGCCUAACAUCAGAAAAGCUAUUAAAUGAAAACAACAUGAGGAUUGGGUCCCUACAAGAUGAGUGAAUAUAUAAAAAAGAGCAUCCAGUGCUGCCAAGAAGUGACCCAUAAAGACAGUGAAAUCAAAGUGAGUUGUAACAUGAGGGUAUUUCAGGUGGUCGAGUAUCAGACAUUUAGAAUCAGAAUUGGAAUUAUGCUGCUCCAAUUUGAAUCAUCUGCAGUGGUUUGAUAGCACAUGCUAACAUUAAUGAGAGGAGAGAGACUGGUCUGUGUUUUUCAACUUGUGAAGGGGCAAGUGUGGAUGACUUAGGCAGUGGAGUUUCUUAAGCCUGCUUAUGUGAUGUGAAAUGAUCUAGUCAUGGGAGAUGUGAUGUGCUUACCGUUUAACUUUGGGUUGAACAUUGGGGAGGUUAAGGUCUCCUCUCAUUUAAGGAGGGUGCAGGAGGUUGUAUUGGCUGGUUUUAAUUAUUAAAGGAGUUACCACCCCUCCCCCAUCCCCCCCCCGUAAUUUCUCCCUCUGUAAGUAGAUGGGGUGUAGGGGACAGGUAGGUCUGUUAGUGAGAAGAGGCUUGCUGACACCAGUUAGUAUGAGGGGCAAAUGAAGGGCGCAUGGGACUGUGUGGUGAAGGGGGCUGUAUGCAAGUGGUGGAGAGAGAACUAGUUAAUAGCUGCUGCUUUCUUUUGGAACAGUCGGCAGUCAGGGUGGUGGGUGGAAUGUUAAGGAGGGUGUUGAAUGGUAAGAAUAGUUUGCAAGUGUCUGGUAGGUAGUUUUAGCAGCAGCGGUGUUAGAGAAAAAUAAAAGUGAUUGAUGCUCAGCCAAAUCCACAGGGUUUUAUUUUUCUGCCAUUUUCUCUCAAUCAUCCUGAGCUUUGUCUAUAACCCACAGAUAGCACUAGAGAGCCAUAAGUGAUAUAUCUAUUAAUCAGAGAGACAGGUAAUCCAAAAAUAGGAUAAUUUCUCAAUUAGUCAUUUGUUCUCUUCUGAUUCCUCUGAUGAUUUGACAGUGACAAUAGCGAUCUAAUUAUACUAUAUAAUAUGUAUCAUAACUUUUAACAUUUGCUACAAACAAUUUUAACAAUGAGUGUAUAUUUUGCAAGGUGUAUUUGCACUGUCCAUGGUACUGACAUUGUACUUCUAUUUAAUGUGACAACUGAGGUAUCACAAUAUUUUUUAAAUGGGACAUUUUAUAUGUCUUUAUAAGUAAAAGCAUUACCAAAGUAAGGUGAAUGCAAACUCCCUAAAAUAUUUUCAAGAGUCUUUUUUUCGUUUUCAGCCAAUGCACCACACGAUUUCCGAUGGACUCGGACAACAAGAAAAGGAAAUGGGGCGGUAAUUCAAAAAGCAUGACUGACACGGGCGCUAUCCAAUCAGAGACCAAGUUCUCAGGUUUUGGGCCAAUGGCCGUUGAAAUGGGCGAAGGCUAAUGGGAAUUUCCUCUAUCGAGGAGAAGUUGCCGUUCGUCGAAUUGUUUUUGGUUCUCGCUUAUUUAUUUAUUUCGUCGGAGUUCUGAAUUAGGCGCAAUGGCGUGCAUUAGCGGAUCAGAAACGCAACCGUGCGCGUAGGAGGCGCAGCUUAGAAAAGAAAGCGACGAAGGGAUUGUGUGUGCCUGCUUCACAGGCCGACUGUUAUUGUUCUUGGGGCGGACGGAGGUGCGAAUAGCUAUCCGGAGCUAGUUCCCGCAGUUUUCAGCGCGUAUCGGCCAUCCUGUCCAGCUAGCGUGGGCUGGGCUGAGUGGGCGGCUGCUGUGGUUACUUGGGCCGCGUUAGACAGCCGAACCCUGAGCCGGUCGGGGAAAGGGACGCGGCUCGGAUCUCUCCCCCCGUAAUCUCCCGCUCUUCUCACCUAGCUUGUGAAGCCCGCCUUGUGCUUUGUUGUAAGGUCCCGGUGUUUGGCCAGCGUUCAUUAAAUAUAAAACCUCUAUAUUUUGAUUAAAUAAAGCCGCUUUUGGGUAGGCUCCGCGACUCCAUUUUUCUUAGCGGGAAAAUGACUUCAGCGUCGACUAAGGUGGGGGAGAUCUUCUCAGCUGCCGGUGCUGCUUUCACCAAGUUGGGCGAGCUCACCAUGCAGUUACACCCAGUAGCUGACUCCUGCCCUGCUGGAGCCAAGUGGACGGACACUGAAAUCGAGAUGUUGCGGUCAGCCGUGCGGCGCUUUGGUGACGACCUGAACAGUAUCAGCUCGGUCAUCAAGGAGCGCACAGUUGCCCAGAUCAAGACCACAGUGAAACGGAAGCUCUAUGAGGACAGCCGUGUGCCACUUUCAUCGGACUCUCCCAAAAAGACCACUAAAAAGACUGCCGUGGCCGUGACGCCAGCCCCAGCCUCACAGGUCAUCACUGUACCUACUUCACAGGUUGUUGUGACUGCAGGAUUGCAGGGCCCAACCUCUGCUCCCCCAGCCAUUAAAAAACAGAAGACAGCAGAUGUUACCCUGAGUGCCCUCAAUGACUCUGAUGUGAACAGCGACCUAGUCGAUAUUGAAGGGCUGGGUGAAGGCUCCACUACCAAAAAGCUCAACUUUGACCAGGAGAGCCUCAAUCUGGACUCCAGCCUCAUCAUGAACUCCAGUGACCUACCCCUCCUCUCACGCUGACCAUGGGUCUAUCAUAUGUAACCACAACAGUGGAGAACUUUGUGAUGUUUUUUGUAGUUAUUCAGUUGUCCUUUUUUUUUUUUUUUUUUUUUAAAAAAAAAAGACAUUAUCAAAGGAAAAUGGGAAAUGCCAUUUCUCUUCAGAAGCAAUAUUAUUUUAGAUUUUUAGACCUUCAGGCAGAUCCAGCAUAGAUUUCUGCCAGCAUUGUUAAUGGUGUUUGAUCCUGUUAAGACCAGACUUCUGUAAGCAAGAAACCUGAGGUUUCCGGGGUGGAAAAGCAGGAAUAGAUGGGUCUGUUUUCCCAUAUGAGUGCCAAAUUGUAGGAUUUCUGCAAUGGCAUUAUUGGUUUUAAAGAAAUACCUGUAGUUUUUGAUAAUUUUGUGGUAAUUCACUUCUGGAUCACAACCUGCGGGGAACACUGAGACUGCUGUGAUCUUUGACAACACAUUUAAGCAAUUGUCUGUUAAGUGCUGUUGUUUUUAUAAGUAAAACCAAGGGAUCUCAGUUCACACCCUUAUGUGGGGGAGGGUUUCCUUCGGGUAGAUUUCUUAUAUUUGUACUCCAGAGUUUAUAUUACAGUAAUAUACUGUUUAGAUGUCUAGCUUUAAUGGUUGGCUAUAUUUAGGUGGAGAGAACUGGGAUUUUGUGAUCUCUAUCAGGUGAACCUACACAACAGAUUUAUUGUGGAGAUGUGAAAAAUUUUCUUUGCAUAUAUUUUUGUUCCAUAGGAUUCUAGCAUGAGUGUAUGUGAAAUGGUUUAUUAGCAUUUUUAAAUGAAUACUUUAAUCCUUCACAUUCCUAUUCUGCAAAUAAAAACUAUGAAAAACUAUGUGCUAAACAGAAAUUGCCUGGCUCUUGUUUUUCAGAGUAUACUCAAGUGUGCAGCUUGUAUUUUAGUUGUAUAAAAAUGUUUUAUAUGUAAAGUAUAUACAUUUUUUUUUGUGAGUUGUGCAUGGUUGCGUUGAGCAUAGUGCUCCAUUUUGGUUGUUUCUGUGCACCUUUACAUGCAUUGUUUCAUAGUUUGUACAUGUUUCUCAUAAUGUAAUAGGGAGCUCCCACAGAAGCUUGUAUUAUUCAAGACUUGAAGUUGCAUCACUGAAUACAACAAAUAGUUUUGUAAAGUUGAAUGACUUGGAUGUCUUGUUUUUGUUCAUCAUGUUUAUAUUAAAUACCUGCUAGCUUGACAUGCUUGCAUAAAGCUGUGCCUCCAUAACAUCACGCAAUGCUUCUUAAAGUUGCAUUUAAACCUUCACAGCUUACCCACUGCAUCCGUGAAAAGAAAGUGAGGUAUAGUUCCCAGAAUACUUCAGGAUAUGAACUGUGCAGGUUGUAAUAAAGUAACAUUUUGUAAAAUCUU